UAAAGUCAGAAUGAGUUGGGGAAGAAGCAGAUGUUGGGAGGAAGAGGCAGACAUUAGGAAGGACAUGGAGGAAGUGGCUCUAGUGGCCCAAACACCUGAGACAGGAUACCCAGGAGGGACAUCUUUUCAAGAGGAGACUGUGCUUAGCAUGGACUGGGCUGAAGUCUAAGACCCCCGGCUGUUAACAACUGGGUCCAGGAUCAUGUCUGCUAACAAAGGCUGGUGGGUGCCACCUGAGGGCGAGGACAGCGUGUCUGAGAAGUUCCUAAGGAAGACCAGGGACUCUCCAUUGGUACCCAUAGGCUUGGGAGGCUGCCUGCUGGUGGCAGCAUACAGAAUUUAUCGGCUGAAAGCUCGUGGUUCCACCAAGAUGUCCAUACAUCUGAUUCACACCCGAGUGGCAGCACAGGCCUGUGCUGUGGGUGCAAUCAUGCUAGGCGCUGUGUACACGAUGUACAGAGAUUACAGCAAGAGGACGGCACAGGACACUGGGGAGAAGUAGUGCUCCUGAGGGGGCUGGGUGGCCUGACCCCCUCCUCAGCCUCUGAAUGUGCCUAAUAAACCAGUAAUGAGGAAA